AUGCCGCUAAAGAACGUUUUUAUCGACGGAGUCAAAAAAUUCUAAAAGACCAUACCAUGGAUCGUGAUGGCGUUCGGGAUUUCUGCCAAUUACUGCAAAUCUGUUAAAGAAAUUUCAUCUCGUCGUGAGGAACGAUUAACGUUCGCUCGAGCUGCACUGCGACUCCAUUACGCUCUAUUAGAUUCAGAUUAAAAAAAAAAUAAAUUAUUUCUCUAUAAAAAUUGUAUAUAUCGUGUAUAUUAAAUGCAUCUUGUAAUUUUUCAAACAUAACCUUUAAACGUGAGAUUAUAUUUGGUUAGGUAAAAAAAUAACAUAAUUUCUAUCACGGCUCUUUCACGGUCGAUCGAACGCCCGGAAGAAUGCCGGCGCCAAAUUCCAUCAGCGUAGCCGUAAUAUGUUCCAGUAAUAUGAACAGAAGUAUGGAAGCGCACGCUUUUCUCAGCAAAAAGGGAUUUAAUGUGAAAUCAUUUGGGACUGGCGACAAGGUUAAAUUACCUGGUACUGCACCGGAUCGCCCUAACAUCUAUGACUUUGGAACUUCAUAUGAUGAGAUUUACAAUGAUCUAUUGAUGAAAGACAAACAAUAUUAUACACAGAAUGGCUUACUGCAUAUGUUAGAUCGAAAUCGUCGAAUAAAACCUAGGCCGGAACGAUUUCAAUUGUCCAAGGAUAAAUUUGAUAUUUUAAUUACAUGCGAGGAACGUGUGUACGAUCAAGUAAUUGAAUGUAUGGAAUCUAGAACUAAAGAAGAUAAUCAACCUGCGCAUUUGAUCAAUAUUGACAUUCAGGAUAACCAUGAAGAAGCCACAGUAGGAUCGUUUCUUAUAUGCGAACUAGUGACAGUGUUGGCGAAUAGCGAAGAUUUAGAUAAUGAUAUAGAUGAACUGCUCCAUGAAUUUGAGUCUAAGUUUGCAAGAACAAUAUUACACACUGUGUUAUUUUACUGAAAAAAAAUCUGUCAUUGAUACAAAAAUCAUCAAGAAUCUAGUGUUCGUCGAAUUCGAAAUUUAUUUAUAACAGAAGUUAAAUUAUAUAUAAUUUAGCGCGCGCGCGCACACCACACACACAUUCAUCCACCGAAUUGUGUGGAUUGAAUUUUAAUUUGAACGGAGAAAUCCGCUUGUGCUUCCUACUUAACGGUUAUUCCCAUGGAAUCUAACGGUCCUGCGUUAAAAUUGAUAAUCUAGUUGAUUAUGAGAUUCACAUCACACAUCAUGAUUAAAUGGAAUCUGUAGAAUGGUACCAAUCUUUAGGCAUAAAACAAAGAGAUAUUGGGAAUAAAUAAAUGCCGAGGUUACAAAACAUAAACACUAUAAUAUUUUAGUGCAUAUAUACAUGUAUACGUAUCGUGCACGAUUACAUCUCAAUAUAAAUCUGCAAUAUACGUAUGUAAAUAUGUAUAUGGAUGUUGCAGAGUGUUAUAUACAUAUAUAUGCAAUCAUACAGCUAUAUCGCAUAGCUGUUGUAAAGCUAAUAAAAUACGGAAAAUGCAAAA